CUGAGUCUCAGUCAUAGCAGCUGUACAGUGUACCAAGUCCUGCGAUCAACAACUCUUCCAAAUGCAGCCAGCAUCACCGUAAAUACCAAAGAUCGUGCUCUCCCUCUCGAAUCAGAUCGACGCCAAAGCGCUGCAAACUGAAAAUGGGUUAGAGGGAGGAGAUGUCCGGAUAAUUCGUUCGCGUACACCACUUUGAAAGAAUGGGGAGCUCGGUUUUCAAAUGCAAUGCUGAAACCAGUAGAGAAGAAACAGGAUAAAAAACUGGAACUGCUUUUUUUGUCCCCCCCUUUGUCUUUCUUUUUUUUAAAGAAAUGAUUGCAGAGUUGGUGUGCAGCGUUGUGGCUGUGGUCCUCUAUUUCAAUACUCUGGGUGCUGAUUUCUGCUACGAUGACAGCCGUGCUAUCAAAACCAACCAGGACCUGCUACCAGAAACCCCCUGGACGCACAUUUUCUACAACGACUUUUGGGGGACCCUGCUUACCCACAGCGGCAGCCACAAAUCCUACCGCCCACUCUGCACUCUCUCCUUCCGCCUUAACCACGCCCUGGGGGGCCUGGAGCCCUGGGGCUACCACCUUGUCAACAUUCUGCUGCACUGCAGUGUCACGGGCCUGUUCACCCGCCUCUCACGUCUCCUUCUUGGGGGAGGCCACUGGACCCUGAUGGCGGGACUGCUCUUUGCCUCGCACCCUGUGCAUACGGAAGCUGUGGCAGGGAUUGUGGGCAGGGCAGACGUUGGCGCUGCCCUCUUCUUCCUGCUUUCACUGCUUUGCUACAUGCGAUACUGCUCCCUGAGGGGUCACUCUGCCCACUGCCUGCCCUGGCUGCUGGGCAGCUUUGCCUGUGCGGCCUGCAGCAUGCUGUGGAAAGAACAAGGGGUGACAGUCUUGGCCAUCUCAGCAGUUUAUGAUGUCUUUGUGUUCCACGGGCUCAAAUUUCAUCAGGUCAUUUCACUUAUCUUUAAGAAAAAGAAUACUUCCCUGCUUCUCAGUGUGAGCUCCUUGGCCACCUGGGGUGCCAGUUUAUUGGUUGCCCGCUUGUACUGGAUGGGCAACAAGCCACCCAGCUUCUCCAACUCGGAUAACCCAGCGGCUGACUCACACAGCCUCUUGACGAAGACACUGACGUUCUUCUAUCUGCCUUCCGUCAACAUGUGGCUGCUGCUGUGCCCGGACACCCUGAGCUUUGAUUGGUCCAUGGAUGCUGUGCCUCUGCUCAGGAACGUUAGCGAUUGGAGGAAUCUUCACACUGUGGCCUUUUAUGUUGGAUUGCUGCUCCUGUCCUGGGUCGGCCUCAGGAGUCCCUCAAGGGUCAAAGAGACAAAUGGCAAAGCAUAUGUAGUGAAUGGGAUACAUACAGGCAUGAAUGGGAAACAUACAGGCAUGAAUGGGAAACAUACAGGCACAAACGGGAAACAUACAGGCACAAACGGGCACAGUUGUCACACAAACAUGGGGCUCCCAAACUCGGAGUCUCAUCCUGUAAAAAGUACUGAGAAUGGUAUAAAGAAUCAUGUUAUUCCAAGGACGUCACUGCCCACUACAGAAAACAUAGUGGUCUUCUCUUUGGGGCUGUUGAUGGUGCCCUUUCUCCCUGCCACUAAUUUGUUUUUUUAUGUGGGUUUUGUAAUAGCAGAACGUGUUCUCUACAUACCCAGCAUGGGCUUCUGCUUGCUUGUGACUGUGGGCAUGAGGGCCCUUUACAUCAAAUUCAGGAGAAGGUUCUUGAAGAGCCUUCUGUUGUAUUGCACUGCCACUUUGGUCCUUUUGUAUGGGAUAAAGACAGUGUUGAGGAACCAAGACUGGCAGGAUGAGGAGAUGUUAUACAAGUCAGGGAUAAAUGUAAACCCGGCAAAAGCAUGGGGUAACCUUGGGAAUGUCCUCAAGAGCCAAGGCAAGAUGGCAGAGGCUGAACAGGCCUAUAGAAACGCCUUGUACUACCGCAGCAACAUGGCUGACAUGCUGUAUAAUCUAGGUUUGCUGCUACAAGAAAACAACAAGUUCUCUGAGGCACUGCACUACUAUAAGCUGGCAAUUGGUAGCAGGCCUACAUUAGCUUCUGCAUACUUGAAUACAGGAAUCAUCCUGAUGAACCUGGGAAGGCUAGAUGAAGCCAAGCGAACGUUCCUGACGUGUGCUGAAAUCCCAGAUGAAAACCUGAAGGACCCUCAUGCACACCAGAGCUCCGUAACCAGCUGCCUCUACAACCUGGGGAAGCUCUUCUAUGAGAGAGGGCAGAUAGAGGAGGCCCUGUCAGCAUAUAAAAAAGCAAUACGGAAGAUGCCAAGACAGUUUGCAGGCCAGAGCCUAUAUAAUAUGAUGGGAGAGGCCUACAUGAGGCUGAACAAACUGGCAGAAGCUGAACACUGUUACCUGGAGUCACUGCGAGCCAAGCCUGACCAUAUCCCAGCUCACCUUACAUACGGAAAGCUGCUGGCACUCACAGGACAUAAGCGUGAAGCAGAACAAUACUUUCUGAAGGCAAUUCAGCUGGACCCCACAAAGGGAAAUUGCUAUAUGCAUUACGGUCAGUUUUUGUUGGAAGAAUCCCGCUUACUCGAAGCAGCUGAGAUGGCAGUGAAGGCCGCAGAGCUUGACAGCACAGAGUUUGACGUGGUCUUUAAUGCAGCCCAUAUGCUCAGACAAGCCAGUCUCAAUGAAGCAGCUGAGAAAUAUUAUCGACUUGCAGCAGGCCUACGACCUGAUUAUCCAGCUGCCUUGAUGAACCUUGGGGCCAUCCUCCAUCUCAAUGGAAAACUGCAAGAGGCAGAAGUGAAUUACCUGCAAGCUCUUCAGCUCAAACUAGACGACACGAUCACUCAGUCCAACCUUCGCAAACUGUGGAACAUCAUGGAGAAACAAGGGCUAAAGACUUUGGGCACAUCGACGGGCAUUGAAGUUGAACAUUAUCCAUGAAAUCAGAGAAGAAGAACAACAUAUACAAAGAAACAGGAAGCCGCAUUAUGGAACCUGUGUGUUAAACUGGCCCUCUGAGGUGUUAAAGUAGUCCUUUCUAAUGAGUUCUUUCCAUGUCAUACAGUAUCAGUAGACGGUUCCUCAUCUUAAAUUAAUGGUUAAAGACUUUAAGAGGCUUCCCAGGAACUGUGUGUAAAACGGUAGCACUUAACUUGAAGCAGGACAUUGCUGCAUACUUAAUCUUGUUGUAAAGCUGAUAUGGGUUUGCAGUCGUUGUUUAGUUCCCCUUGAGACAUUGAACCGUCCAGGGACAGUGCAUGUGGCUACAAAAACGUUGAGAGGUUAUCCUAAACCCCCAGGGGUGCAAUAGUAAACACAGGUUUGUGGCUGUAGUUUUCUAAAUUAGCCCAAAAGCUGUAGUUUUAUGAUGUCAAUAGAUAGCUUGUCUGUUUGAUGGUUUUCAUUGACAUCUGUGGCAGUGAAAGACGUAUUUUGCCAAGCCUUUUCACCAGGGCUUCCCAGCCCUGGUCCUGGGGACCCCAUGUGUCUUCUGGUUUUCAUUCCAACUGAGCUCUCAAUUACUUAA